AUGACUACUCGUGUAUCUUGGCAUCUGUCAGAGUUAAUCAGAAGCCAACCUCAUUAUCUUGCAACCAGGGAUGGUGUUUUCAGGUACGUUACUGAUCAUCUCAUCUAUGAAGUACUCUUAAGAAUUCCCGCUGAGUCUUUAUUAGCAUUCAAGAUUGUCUGCAAGGAUUGGUAUUACAUAAUUAGGGAUCCCAAAUUCAUCAAUCAAUAUCGUGAUUAUCAUGCAACCAAGGAUCAAUCUAUUGGUUUGGUAUCUCUUAUUGCAGACGAUGAUGACAUUGAUCUCUACGAUGUCACCAAUAUUAACAAACUGUGCACAACUGAGAACGCAGUUGGUCAUCUAUUGGAGAGGCCGAAUGAGCAGUAUAUUUUGAAAGCAGAUGAAGCGGAUGAAGAAUACUUAAAAAUUGCAUCAUGCAACGGUUUGAUAUGUUUUCAUUCGGCGUUCCCUGUGAAUAUAUGGAACCCAGUUACAAGGGAAUUGAUGUUUGUUCCACAAUCUGGAAUUGAUCAUCACAAAGAGGUGGCCACCGCAUGUGGAUUCGGAUUCGACUCAUCACGUAAUGUAUAUAAAGUUGUUCAGUUAUACAAACGAUUGGAUGACUCUACAUUGGGUUAUGAGGUUUUAUCCCUAGAUACUGCCAUGCAAUGGAGACGACCAAUCCAACAAAAAAACGUCAUUCACCCAUAUUACUGGGAAUUUGUGGCCGGUCAAGGAGCAAUAUUUGUUGACGGAUCAUUAUAUUGGCAUGCUAAGGUCAAGGAACAGAUAUUGUGUUUUGAUGUAACGACUGAAUGGUUUAAAUUAAUUCAGGUACCUGAUAGCAAACAUCUAGAUAUGAGAUUUAGUAACCGUCUCUUGGUAGGAUUUGAUAGGGGUGUUUGUUAUUUGACGCAUGAUAAUGAAAUGCUGCAUAUAUGGAAGAUGCAAAGGAAUUGCACUGACAAGAAAAAUAUGUGGAUGGAAGAUUUUAGUAUUGAUCUGAGUUAUAUAAGCGUUUCAGAUUCACAUAUCAUUCCAGUAUGCAGACGAAAUAAGAAGAUUUAUCUGAGAUACGGGAAGGGAUUGGCUUGUUACGAUAUGGAAAAUCAAACAUUUGUAGUACCAGUACUCAGGAGAAGAGAAGCUGAUUAUUUUGAGUUUGUUGCCUACACAAAGAGCAUUGUUUGUCUGAAAGAUAUAGUUGGCUCUUCUUUUGUUAAGCCUUUUAAGCCAAUAUAUGUUAAGUCCUUCCCGUAG